AGAUUCAUUUAACGGGAUUGGUUAAUCCUCAUCCAAAUAUAAUUCAAUUUUAUGGAGUUACGAAAUUAAAUGAUGAAAUAAAUUAUUCUCUUGUACUUGAAUAUGCAGAAGGCGGAACAUUAGGAAAAUAUUUAAGAGAUAAUACUAUAACUUUUAAAUGGGAGAGCCAACUUAAGUUUGCUAAAGAAAUUUCAAGUGCGAUUUUAUGGUUACAUGUUGAUAAGUUUAUUUAUACACGGAGACCUUCAUCCCGAAAAUAUCUUAAUACAAAGAGAUACAAUAAAAUUAGCAGAUAG